GCGCUCCCUCAUGUUACAUGCAGUAGUACAUGGGACUGACAUGUAGUCUCCCAUGCACUACUACUAUGUAACAUGAGGAGAGGAGGGCACGGGCACAAGCAAUUUAAAAUACGUUAGAGAACUUUUGCUACCAUAAAAUCUAAAUAAAAGAAAUGAAAUAAAAUACAUGAAAGGAAUAAAAUAUGGGAGAGUGGUUAGGGUUAGGGUAAGGAAUAAGAAUGGCUAUGUUUUAGGAAGGAUGCUGGGGAGGUUAUGGUGAGGACCGGGACGAAUGGAGGGGCAAGACGGAUCGUCAUUAAGGCCAAAAGGGGCUGUGGCGGACAGCCUAUAGAUCCACCUUCUCUCGGCAGCUCUCUUCUGGACCAGGGACCAACCGGCAUUGGUCUCCAGGGGCCGGUUGCACCAACUGGGCGUAACUAAGCCUGGUCGUAACUGCUAAGUAGGUCUUAGUUACGACCUGGCGUUAGAAUGGAACUAACGCCGGUUGCACCAACGGGACUUACGACUGGUCUCAACUACGCCCGGUCUUAGCCAUGCGCGGCCAUGUGAAUGUUCCAUGUGAUGCGCAUAUCACCGCGUUGCUAGGAUACCUCGUGACAACAGCUGUUUACUAUUUUACCAACAUCCGACAAAUCCGACAAACCGACAUGAUGGAGGAAAACAGAAAGAGAAAAGUUAACUUCACCGACGUUGAAAUUAGAAAAUUAAUAGAAUUAUACAGUGAGAAUAAGACGGCACUGACUGCCAAGCAGUCCAAUGUCGUAACAAACAAAACAAAGCAAGAGACAUGGAGAUUUAUAAUGGAGAGUCUGAACAGCUGUUCAGACUCAGGCUGUCAUCGGACGGAUGGUGACAUCAAAAAGAAAUGGAAAGACCUCCUGUCCCGGGCCAAGAAGGACGUCUCUUCUCUAAAGCACCAUCCCACUGGCGGUGGUCCUCCCCCGAAAACAUCACCCUAUAGUGACAUUAUCGUCGCUAUUUUCGGGGAGGAUUCACCAGCCUUCGUCGGGUUGGACGGGGUGGACAGCGGAUGUCCUCAACCGCCGGAGCAGUUGGAAGAAGACUUGGAAAGUGCCACUACCAGCUCAACACCACCACCACCGAUAGAACCAGCAGUGGCAACCCCUUCCUGUCCAUCCCCACCCCCGGCAACGAAGCGGAGGAGAAGUGAGGACCUUCAACAGGUCCUCAUGGAGAAGGAAAUUGUCCGGGUGGAGAAGGAGACCAUUAAAUUAGAGGCAGAGACCAAAAAAAUUGAAUUAGAACAAAUUAAAUUACGGCUCCAAAUUCAUUUGCUCCAGCAACAAAUUAAAAAAACAAUUAUUUUUGAAGACCAACCGUGACCAUCCCUGUAUAAUGUAAAUAUAUAUUUUAGA